UUAAGCCCAAAAGGGAACAUGAGAUGGUAAUAUGUGUAAUUUUAUGUUCCUCCAGAUUCCAACAAGUGCAAUUAAAAUCCUUAUUCCCUAGAUAUGGAUGUGAUGGGUUUUCCCAGUUUGGAAAUGGGGAUGAUCUUCCUCACUCAGAUGCAAAUUACAAACUUCACUCUCCUUUUUCUCUGUAGCAUCAAUUUGCUUUCAGGACACAAUAGCAGGCCCACAGAUCAGAUUCUCAACCAGCUGGUCUUGGCCAACUCCUUGGUGCUUUUCUCCAAAGGAAUCCCUCAAACAAUGGCAGCUUUUGGAUGGAAAUAUUUCAUGGAUGAUGUUGGAUGUAAACUUGUCUUCUACUUGCACAGAGUGGGAAGAGGAGUUUCCCUCAGCAGUACCUGCCUCCUCAGUGGCUUCCAGGCCAUUAAGCUUUGGCCCAAUUUCUCCAGGUGGAUGGAGCUCAGGAUUAGAUCCCCAAAAUGCAUUGGUUUCUGCUGUUCCCUUUCCUGGAUACUGAACCUCUUAGUAAAUAGCUUUAUUCCCAUGUAUGUGAAUGGUCCAUUGAACGGCAAAAAUACCAGUUUGGAAAAAAUGAAAGAGUAUGGCUACUGUUCUGGGAUUACAGCUGAGACAUUUAUGACCUCAUUAUAUGCUCUCAUUUAUUUUUCCAUUGACAUUAUAUGUUUAGGUCUUAUGCUGUGGGCUAGUGGCUCCAUGGUCUUUGUCCUACACAGACACAAGCAGCAAGUCCAACACAUUUACAGCAAUAGACUUUCCCCCAGGCCUUCCCAUGUGGUCAGAGCCAUACACACCAUCCUAAUCCUGGUAAGCAGCUAUGUCUUCUUUUACUUACUGUCUUCCAUUUUGACUCUCUCUGUUUCACUAAGUGUGAACCCAAAUCAGUGGCUGGUGGACAGUGCUGUGCUUGUGGCUUCAUGUUUCCCUAUAUUCAGCCCCUUUCUCCUUAUCAGCAAUGAUAAGCGUGUCUCUAAAUUCUGCUUUGCCUGUUGGGUCAGAAAACCAAGUUUUCUUAGUGUGGUAUAACAGCUACAGAUUUUCUGAUCUAUGCAGACAAAUCUAUUAGUAGUGUUAGCUUAUUUAUAUGUAGAUGUCUAUUACAUGCUACUUAUAUUUGUAGGAAUUUAUGUUACCCAGUGAUUAAGAGAAAAAUCUCCAUAUUCAUAAAGCACAUAGUGGGCCCAAAAUAUUAGAUUAUUUACACAGUUAUACAAAUAUUACUUAAUGUCGUUAUGCUGUAUCUUCAAUGGAGAAGUUCAAGGUCCUUUUGGGGGUAUAAGGUAGAGAAAUUUCCCUAUUUGCAUAUAUAAGUGGUGUUGCCUAUACUAUACUAUAUAAUUAUACUAUAAUUUAUACUAUACUAUACCAUAUAUAGUAUAAUGGAAUGUAUUAGGGUUAUUCAGAGAAACAGAACCAAUAGGAUAUGUAUAUUCAGCAAUAAAGAUUUUUUUUGAGGAAUUGUCUCAUGUGCUUAUGGAGACUGGCAGGUCCACAAAAUUUGCAGACUGGGCUGGCUGGCUAGAGACACAAAGAAGAGUCAAUGUUGCAGUUCAGAUCUGAAGGCUAUCUGCUGGCAGAGUUCUUUCUUGUUUGCGGAAGCUCAGUCUUUAUUCUGUUAAGGUCUUCACCUGAUUGGAUGAGGCCCACCCACAUGAUGGACGGCAAUCUGCUUUACUCAAAAUUUACUUUUAAUGUUAGUCUCACUGAAAAACCACCCUCACAGAAACAUCCAUAAUAAUAAUUGACCAAAUGACCAUGACCCAGCCAAGGUGACACAUAAAAUUAACCAUCACAUGGAGAUGUAGUUUUUAAUAUAUUGUCUAAGAAUAUAUAUCUAUAUCUAAAUCUAUAUCUCAAAUGUAUCUGUUAAAAGGAAAAUCAUAUGGAAAGACCCAUUUUAGGAAUGCAUAUGUAUCCUCAGUGAUUCCCCCACCCCCAGAUCCAGUGCUUCUGGCAAAAUGCAAUAGCUUGGAGGAUAAUUCAGACUUUGUCUUAGAAAUAAAGAGAGGCCAAUGAAGAGGUUCCAUCACAUGUGUGAAUCAUCUGCUCUACUUACUACAAAGCAUUUUUCACAUUAAUAUACUUACAUUUAAGACCUAAUUACAGUUAAAAUAUUUUAGUUUAAUGGUCCUGAAACAG